AUGGCCGGACAUGGUGUCAUGCCUAGGAAUCUUUCGUAUUCCAAAGUGGCCAGGGCGUUGGCUGGCGAAGAAUUGAGGGAUCGCGAAGUACUACCGUUGGAUGGAGGCAUUACGGCACGAGAAGAAGGACGAUUCGUAUUCGAAAGUGCUUGGGAAGUCGCCAACAAGAUUGGCGGCAUUUAUACCGUACUGAGGAGUAAAGCUCAAAUCAGUUGUGAAGAAUUAGGAGAUCAAUAUUGUAUGUUCGGUCCAAUGAAGAAUGAUAAAUGGCGAUUAGAAGUGGAAAAAGUGGAACCGGAAAAUAGAACGAUCAGAGCUGCUAUGAAAAAACUACAUGAAUCCGGGUUCAAGUGCAUGUAUGGCCGUUGGCUGAUCGAUGGCUACCCGAAGGUGAUCCUGUUUGAUUUGGGAUCGGGCGCCACUAAAAUGAAUGAAUGGAAGCAGGAGCUAUUCGACAGGUGUCGGAUCGGUAUCCCUCACGAGGACAUAGAAUCAAACGAUGCUGUGAUUUUCGGGUUUAUGGUAGCAGUUUUUCUGAAGCAUUUUAGAGACGCAAUUACAGACUAUCAACCACUGGUGGUAGCCCAUUUCCAUGAAUGGCAAGCGGGUGUUGGGCUGCUAAUGACCCGACUGUGGAAGUUGGACAUCGCUACCGUAUACACAACACAUGCAACUUUACUAGGAAGGCAUUUAUGCGCUGGUGGAGCUGACUUCUACAACGCCCUAGGCACAUUCAACCUCGAUGAGGAAGCCGGAAAACGACGAGCAAGUAUCUACCAUCAAUACUGUCUUGAACGAGCUGCAUGCCAUUCUGCUCACAUUUUCACCACCGUGUCGGAAAUUACUGGGUUAGAAGCUGAGUAUUUAUUGGACAGAAAACCUGAUAUUCUAACUCCUAAUGGCCUCAAUGUUGUCAAGUUUGCUGCUUUACACGAGUUCCAGAAUUUGCACUCUAUGGCCAAAGAGAAAAUCCACAACUUCAUUCGAGGGCACUUCCAUGGUCAUUUAGAUUUUGAUUUGGACAAAACGCUUUAUUUAUUUACUGCAGGAAGGUAUGAGUUCUCUAAUAAAGGAGGCGACCUAUUCAUUGAAUCGCUUGCUCGUCUUAACCAUUACCUCCAAACUACCACAGAUCCUCGACACAAAGGAGUCACAGUGGUUGCCUUUAUAAUCUACCCAGCACCCUCAAAUUCCUUCAACGUGGAAUCGCUGAAAGGACAAGCCGUAACAAAGCAGCUGAAGGAAGCAGUCGACAGGAUAAAGGAAAGCAUCGGACAACGGAUGUUCGAUAUCUGUUUACAAGGCCACCUUCCUGAUGGGCAUGAUCUUCUUUCGCCGGCUGAUAACGUUUUGGUAAGUUAA